AUGAAUGCUAGUGGUAACGUUAGAUAUUUAAUUUACGAUGCGGUGAACACAAGCGCGAGCCUUGACGAUGGUGAGAUUAUACAAGAAGUUCUUGAUUGCAAGUCCGCUGAGAGCGAUUUUGAUACAGAAGAUGAAGAAAAAGAUACAGUCGUCAAAAAAAUUUCCGUUAAUGAAG